GGGAUACGAUACCACCGGUCCGGACACGUUUGGUCCCUCUCCCUUCUCACCUCCCUUGUAAGCCACUGCAGUAAUAACACCUCCUCCGUCUCCACUCCCUCUCAUCUUGCCCCCCCUCGACACCCACCCCCAGCAACUGGAGCCGCGUAAUGUCUUCCGCCCCCAGGAUGCCCGUGUGCACUCAUAAAAAUUUCUCUCGAUGCAGCCUAAUGGGUGAAAGGUGCUGCGCUUGUAUAGAUCCCGCAGCUUUUGCUAACACUUUACGCGCUCGCGAAGCCGCUCCUCAUUCAAGGAUAUGGGCGUUAGUGGCAAUACUCCGAUCCCCGGGCCGUUUGGUAGCUGUAGCUAACUCAUGUUCUGAUAGUAUCCCUUUCUGCGAUCCAUGUAAAGGUGGGAAGCUCUUCCUGACCGUGGAGAUGUUUACUAAGAUUCUGCAUCACCGAAACUCAGAUCUGCUAAUAUUCUAGAAAAUAGAUUAUUGGAACUUGGACUCUGAUCAAGCGUUAGGACACACAGCCGCGGAUAACUCGUCCCCCGGGCUGCUUGCCCACAUACGAGAAAGCUUCCUCAUCAGGCACUCCCUCAUUUCCAGUAGCCCGCUAGCGGGCUUCCGUAGCAACUUGUUCCCCAGAGAAUCAUCCGACGACUUACUAAAUGUAGGAGCUGGUAAUGACGCCCAUGAGCGUGCCCCUGGCUCUCGCCAUCCAGAGCAACUGAUGCCAGGGAACUUCCCGAAUAAUGGGCCCGAAAUCAGGAAUUACCUUACACUGAACCAGUCUGCAACAGGAGGCAGUGGCUCAGGACUGGACGAUUCUGAUGAUUCGGACGAUAUACGAAGCCUGGAGAACAACAUACCAUCGUCCAGCAAUGGAUCAAGUGAACGCCGCUCGUCAAACCUUUGGUCACUAUCCAACAGCGCUCAAGGAUCCGAAGCGGAGAUGCCCUAUUACCCCCCGGGACCUUUUACUCGGUUUGUACUCAAUGAGCCUUUUGCUUUAUCCUCAUUCCUUCACACCUACCAAGGACUACCCUGUGCUGACGAUUUUAGCCCGACCGGUGCUCAGACAGCUGCCCGGAGCGAAGUUACCAUCAACCAUGCUAUCAGUGCGCACAGGAGCACAAAUGAGGGCCUUCGAAGACCCCGCAACUCACGCGAUACUCGAGGUCCCCACGAAGCCGCUCUCUAUGAACACCAAUUUCGCGGGAUUGGGGAACCGGAGGAGCGGGCACAUGAUCGUCUCAGGUCGACUGACCACACUAUGCCACGUAGCGGUUUAGAUGAUGACGACGACUCUGACUCCUUAUCACCAGCUCUGUGAGUAUUCUCUCUCCCUCACUCUCUCAUCCCACCCUCCUUGCAAUCGCUGAGGCUAUCAUUGUCAAGAUCCCUACGAACCCUGACUGCAUACAACCGUACACAACAGCGCCAGCGCUCAGAUGCGUCUGCUGUACGCAAUGCUCUAGAAUCCUACCGAAACAGAGAUCCUCACCACCGUCUUUCCGACAAUCGAGCCUCUCCCUCGCGCGGCAACCCCGACGACGGGGCUCAGGGUUCUGACAGAGUUUCAGAGAGAGUUUUAAGGUUGAGUAGAGAAAUUCUGGGGGGGAAUCAUAAUCCCUAUGCUAACUCUGUUGGUGCCUUCAGCCGCUGGAGGGGCUUCAGGCGUCCCCCUGGUGGCAUACAUCCCGAUUAUCCUCCACCCGCCGAACCAAAGGGAUUGGAUGAUGACAGAACCCGUCCGGAGCCGCUUGAAAUGGAAGCAAUGAAGCUUGAUUGCGAGUGCAAGAUUUGCUUCGGACAGAUCGCGGAUACCCUCCUACUGCCCUGUAGCCACUUGGCUAUCUGUACUGUAUGCUCGCAUUUCUAGGUCAAGUCGCCUGUAUACUAACCCGAUUCGCUAGUGGUGCGCGAAUCAAAUGGGGAUUAGGCCAAGUAGCGAGCUACACUUUGGGCCACCGACUCACUGCCCUGUCUGCAGGGUGGCUGUUUCGUCCAGGGUAUAUCUUGCACUCCUUCAACCUUCUCCCAUAUUGAUGCUGACCAAACCACGAAACAGAUCAAGGUUUUCCGUGCAUGAUUCUAUUCCUAUUCCUUCACUCCCGUUCAGUCCAUUCAUUGAUCAGUGGUAAAUAGUGGCGCAUGUCUUUGAAUAAAACCUUGUAAUAAAAU